UUUGAACAGCAACUCUUGACAACAAACAUGCUCAGCUACAUCAUUCUUGCCACACUUAUUCCGGCCAUUUUGGCCAACACGAGUGGCGUUGCAAGCUGUUCAGGUAAUCCUACACAGCCAAUUCAGGUGUCGGUUUUGGGAUGCAGUCAAACACCAUGCAACAUCGUACUUGGCCAACGAACCGGAAUUGAGAUCAUCUUCAAAGCUGAUCGUGACAUUCCAAACUUCAAGCCGACAGCAACUGCCUACGUUUUUGGCAUGCCCCUGGAUCAUACUCUUCCCGAUGAUGUCGUCAAUGGCGCCUGCAAAAAUCUCUCCAAUGGGGAAUGUCCUAUCCCAAAGGAUACCACUGUUGCUUACAACUUCGAGUUACUCGUGAGCCCUUCUUAUCCACCCACGAGCAACAUCGACGUAGACAUCGCUCUGGUUGAUGACAGCAGCAAAACAAUUGUGUGCAGCCGCAUUCGCAUCAAUGCCGUCAAAGCAAUUCUCUAAAUCAUCGAGAGCUUUUUUAUGUUCAGCAUCAUCAUGCAUUACAAAUAAUGUAGUAUUCAGUGGGAGAUCAAAGUGAUAAUAAUAUGCAAAAUAAAUACU